CGGUGAUAUGAUAAUGAAGCUUUCCCCACCCGGCCGAGACGAGGUGGCGCUUAAUUGGCCCGGCGACUAACUAGCGCUCCAUCUUCACCACGUACUCAUCAUCAUCAUUAUCAUCAUCCUGUUCAUCUCCUACCCUCCGUAGGCCUUUCACCCUUUCCAGUAAUUGAAAUACUUCCGGCUCCGUCAUCCAAGGCCCUGCUAUGCCUCUGCGACCGACCAAGCACAGCGGUCUGACCACAGUGGCCUGUACGGAGUGCAGGAAGCAGCACCUGAAGUGCGACGCAAAGCGCCCUUCCUGCUCCCGGUGCCUGCAGACCGACCUCCCCUGUCAAUAUGUGGCUUCGCGUCGCGGUGGACGGCGCAAACCUGCCCAUCACAAGGACCCAAUUGCUUCUUCCACAUCCUAUCGCGAGAGUGUUCCCCCAAUGCCUUCUUAUGGGAUCCCGCCUGUGUUUCCGAGGACCCCUUCUGACGCAGCCAAUCCCCCGGUACUGGCCCCAACGCCCACAAAUACAACGUUCUCGCAAAGACUAAGCGCUACUGAUCUUAACGAUGCUGCCGGGGAUGGAUCCUCCUGGCUUGGAAUGUUACCGGCCAACGAUGACGUUUCUGGUGGCUUCUCGGGCAUUGAAAACGAUGACCGCCUGCGUCGGUUGUACUAUGAGAACUUCCAUGCUGCUCACCCGGUCCUCGUGCCUAGCAGCCUGUACAGCGAUCAAAACUAUCCUGCAUACCUUCAGGCGGUAGUGCACUUUGUCGGAUCCCACUACACUCCGUCGGGUCGGACUAAGGAGCACAAGGAGCAAGUUGUCGAGCACCUAGCAUCGAAUAACGAGAGCUCACCGGCAACAGUCCAGGCGUGGCUGAUCUACGCGAUUGUUCUGAAUGCUCGCAACGAGACAAGCGAAGCCCAGUCCGCGUUAACACAGGGCAUUGACCUGGCUCUAAAGCUAGGGAUGAAUCGGGGAGACUUUGCCUCCUCUCAUGGAGAAUACUCAGUAGAAGCCGAGAGUAUGCGACGGACGUGGUGGGAGCUGCACAUCACCGAAGUCCACAUGGCCCUCUCUCUCAGCACCUUCACUGGCCGCUGCAGCGCCCUUGCUCCGGACGUAGCUCUCCCCUGCGAGGAAUCCAUCUACAAUCGGGGGAAAGACAUUCCUGCACCAUGCGGGAUGUUGGAUUUCAAACGGCGAAUCCUUGCAGCCGAGGAUCCGAUUUUCUCGUCCUACAGCUACCGGAUUGAAGCGACGAUGAUUCUAGGCAGAGUCAUCGUGUUGAAUUCCAUCCCCGAAUGCCAUCGCGACCAGGUGCAAGCCGCCGAAAAUGCACUGGUUAGCUGGACUAACCAUCUGCCCGCGAAGAAGUUCGACAUCGUCGAUGCGUACGGUAACGUUGACGAAAUGAUGUUCCAGGCCCAUCUCACAAUCGCCUAUGCCGCAAUGCUCCUUCACCUCCCUCGCAGCAACCUGCAGCCGGUGCUGGCACAGCCCGAACGGAGGCAGUUUUGGCCAGGGCCAUCAAGUCACCUCCAGCUGUCAUCGACAUCGACUCGAUUGGUGCAUAGCAUCAAAGCCACCGAAGCCUCGCGACAAAUAUCCGACUCCAUCUCCGUCUGCCCCAACAUCCUCAAACACAGUCCCUUUGUAAUCCCCUCUCUUUCCCUCUGCGGUAUGAUCCAGCUGGCAACCUGCACAGUUCAUUCCGACGAAUGUUUUGACCAUCAUUGUAACCGCGUGAACCUGAUUCUCGGCUGCCUCAAAAGCGCCCGGCGAACCUGGGAAUUGGCCGAGUCAUCAUACCGGAACCUUCGAAUAUCCGCAGCCGAUCUCAUGUCCGAUUCGAUCGAACGGUGUCAUUGGAAUACCACCACUUUAAAUCCAGUCAUCCUGUCCCGGUCGGCAUCUACAGAUCCCACACGGCCGAGCUCGGCCGGAUUGGAUGGCCAAGACCUGAUAGUCACAGAUCUACCGCCAGCGUUCUUUGAUCGUGCCUGUUUCAAUUCUCCCUUUUUCACCGUGGUCCCGGGUCCCAAUAUGAUCUAGUAAUUUGUCAUUAUCUAGAUCCAAAUUACUGUGAUGAUAUCCAUCCCUAAUCAAGACCGUCGACUGACGACCUUACUUCACCUUCGUCCUUCCGAUUCAACAUCCCUCUUCCGUUUCUCAUCAAGAUUCUUCAAACAAGGCGCCACAAAAAGGGUCUUAUUAUAAAUCCCACGAAGUGUAAAACCACUCACAACAGCCCACAGCAAGACCACACACAGCGAGAGAAUCUAGAAAUAUCAUUCAAAUUAAAAUUAGCAUCGGUGCCCAAGUUCAUCAAAGAACGAGAAAGAGAGAGGGGAAUGAAUACCGUGCCCAGUACAGCAA